AUGCAAACGAAGAAAUUUCUGGGCCUCAAUGGCACCAGGCUCCAGGUUGCCAUCGGUAUUCUGGCUGGCAUGGACUUCUUGCUGUUCGGUUAUGAUCAGGGUGUGACCGGAGGCCUGCUGACGCUAGAUUCGUUCCGCAAGUACUUCCCUUCCAUUGACACUACCGAUGCACACAUGCAAGGCUGGUCAGCGGCGGCCCAGAGUGCCCAGUCUACUCGUCAGGGUAUUGUAGUCGCCGCCUACAAUCUGGGCUGUUUUGCCGGCUCAAUUCCUACCAUCUGGAUCGGCAACCUACUCGGCCGUCGCAAGGCGAUCUUCCUCGGCUCAUUCAUCAUGUGUAUCGGUGCAAUUCUGCAAUGUACCUCGUACGACCUAGCUCAGCUAAUCAUCGGUCGUCUCGUCACUGGUUUCGGUAACGGCAUCAACACGUCUACUGUGCCCACUUGGCAAUCCGAGUGCUGCAAGUCUCACCGUCGUGGCCAGAUGGUCAUGAUAGAGGGCGCCAUGAUUACCUGCGGUAUUACCAUAAGUUACUGGAUUGAUUUUGGUCUCAUGUUCGCGGAUCCCAGUGAAGUUGCCUGGCGAUUUCCAUUGGCCUUUCAAAUUUUCUUCGCUGCCAUUAUUCUGGUGUUUGUCAUGUUUCUCCCAGAGUCGCCUCGCUGGCUCAUUUUAAAGGGCCGUGAAGAGGAAGCUCGAGAAGUUCUGUCAUGUUUGAUGGGCGAUGAUACGGACGAAGUCUUCAUCGACACUGAAUUCACCGCGAUCAAAGCAACGGUCUUGGAGAUGGCCAAAGGCUCAUUCCGAGACAUGUUUACCAUGGGAGAGGACCGCCAUUUCCACCGGACGAUGCUGGCUUAUGUCAACCAGAUGUUCCAGCAAAUUUCGGGUAUCAAUCUGAUUACCUACUAUAUUCCCACCAUCAUUGAGAACCAGGUCGGUCUGAGCGCAACACUGUCUCGUCUUAUCUCCGCGUGCAACGGCACUGAGUACUUCGCCGCUUCCUGGGUGGCUGUGUUCACGGUAGAGAAGUUUGGUCGUCGGACGUUGAUGCUCUUCGGCGCUGUUGGCAUGUCCCUCUCCAUGGUGGCGCUCGCCAUCUCGGACAGUAUCUCUGCGACUCAUGCACAAACCCCGACUGGAACUGCGGCCGGUAUCGCACAGACCGUGUUUUUGUUCGUUUUCAACACUUUCUUCGCAAUCGGAUGGCUUGGUAUGACCUGGUUGUACCCCGCUGAGAUUGUCCCCCUGAAGAUUCGCGCCCCCGCAAACGCGCUCUCCACUUCCUCUAACUGGAUCUGGAACUUCAUGGUUGUGAUGAUCACCCCCGUCGCGUUCAAUAACAUCGGCUAUAAGACUUAUGUAAUCUUCGCCGUAAUUAAUGCCUUCAUUGUGCCCGUUGUGUAUUUCUUUUUCCCGGAGACCACUAUGCGUUCUCUGGAGGAAAUGGACCGCAUCUUCCACAAAACCACCAAUGUCUUUGACUGUGUAACUCUUGCCCGAAACGAGCCACACAUGUACGGACCUAAUGGCGAACUGCUUCGCACCUUGGAUGACGUUGAAGAUGACGCUGUCCGCCGGGCUAGUGUUCUCAGCAACCCCACCAAGCGUGUGGCCGACAACCAUCGCGAGCACAUUAAUGAAAAGGAUAGCAGUGAAGGCAACUCCAGCGAUGAGAAAUAA